UAGCCGAUGCCGGAGCGCAGCGCGCAGGCGCGGGCCGGCGGUGCGAGCGGCUCAUGGCUGACGGCGGCGGCGGGCGACGAUGACCGACUACAGCGAGGAGCAGCGCAACGAGCUGGAGGCCUUGGAAUCCAUCUACCCGGACUCGUUCACGGUAUUGUCAGAAAAUCCAACGACUUUCACCAUCACUGUGACAUCUGAAGCAGGAGAAAAUGAUGAAACUGUCCAGACCACCCUUAAGUUUACCUAUAGAGAAAAAUACCCUGAUGAAACUCCACUUUAUGAAGUUGUCUCACAGGAGAAUCUUGAUGAUAAUGAUGUCACAGACAUAAUAAAGCUACUAGAACAGCAGGCAGAAGAAAAUUUAGGAAUGGUAAUGAUCUUCACUCUAGUCUCAGCAGUACAGGAGAAAUUGAAUGAAAUUGUGGAUCAAAUGAAAACACGAAGAGAAGAGGAAAAGAAACAGAAAGAAAGAGAAGCAGAAGAAGAGGAGAAACAACGUUUUCAUGGCACUCCUGUUACCAUUGAGAAUUUCCUAAACUGGAAAGCAAAGUUUGAUGCAGAACUCCUAGAAAUAAAGAGGAAAAAAAUGAAAGAAGAGGAACAAGCAGGCAAAAAUAAGCUAAGUGGUAAGCAGCUGUUUGAAAUGGAUCACAAUCUUGACACCUCUGACAUCCAGUUCUUGGAGGAAGCUGGAAACAGCGUGGAAGUUGAUGAAUCUUUAUUCCAAGAAAUGGAUGAUUUAGAGUUGGAGGAUGAAGAGGAUGACCCUGACUACAACCCUGUCAAUCUAGAUAGUGAUUAGACUUUCACAGACUGGCUCUUGUCAUCAGUAUGGACACAUGCAAGGAGAGAGGGGCAGGCAGGAAAGCCACAGCAUCUGUGGUUUUAGUAAUCUGUAUUGGUUUACUUUUCUUCCUUUUUUUUUCCUUUAUUUUUCUUUCCAAAGAAAAACACCAAAAGGUUUUAAAUCCAGGAGAAUGGUCUCCUGAUGACUUCCAUUGUGAAUAAAUUUACUUUAAUACUUCCCAUGACAAAUUGGAGGAUUAUUGAUCUGUCUGAAAAUGCUCUUCCAUUUUCUCUCUCUUUUUUUCCCCUUUUCCUCCUCACUGCUGUGAUUGUCCUUUGAAGAGAUGUGACAAGGAGCAAGAUGGAAAGUUAAGUUACAGCAAGUGCUAAACACACCUGCAUCUGAAGGCUGAGCAGCUGGUGUGCUGUCUUCCACCUGGGCCACACAGGGGCAGCUUCAGUGAAUAAAAGGGAUCACAAACUAUGCAGUUAUUUUUUUAUUAUUAUGAUUUUGUUUCUUCUGCAGAAUUUUCUACUGCUGCAAAUCAGUUCUGGUGCCCUAACCUAUCAGCUGUUAGAUAGGCAGGGCUGCUCACCUCUGAAUAAAAAUUCUCAAGUUUAAUGGAAGCUGUUUCCAAACUACUAGAGUAAAAUCUGUUAGCAUUGUUGAGGAUGAGUAGUUUCAUCUCUCUAGGGGAAAAAAAUCUGAUUGAGGUGAAGUCCUCUUCAAAACCUUGAUUGAUUUGUUCAGAGUGAGUUGGGUUUCUCUUGAAGUUCUCUUGAACACUACCAGUGGAAUGCAGGUUCCAGUGUCAGUUUGAAUGUAAUGGUGGUUGUUUUGGAAAGCACCUUGUUGGCAGCCCAUAAAGGUUGGCACAAUGUACAAUAAAGCUGCACAUCAGCUCGUGGACGUUAAGGAUCCUGCAGAGUUGCUUACAGAGCUUGAUGUUGAACUCCUCCCUUCCCUCCUCCCCAAAAAGAACUGGAGUUUAAAAAUGCUGUGUUUGAGACUGCAUCAGUUGGAAGGCUGGUGGUGUGGAUGAAGGUUUCAAAAGACAGCUCUCCCAAGGCACCUCAAUGAUUAAACACUGUGUGCUGGAUUUUUUUUUUAAUUCUGUUAGCAGACUGCCUUAACUGCACCAGCUUCAACCUUUGAAGAGGGGUGCACUGAAGUGUCACAGUGCUUGGAGGAGCAGCAGAUUGAUGAACUUUAUAAAUACUUGUAAAUUCCACCUUGAGAAAUUCUGAAGACAAUGUAACGGUGUAUUGGAGUCUCUGCUUGUGUCACUUGAGAAGGUCUGUUUGGAUGAGGGUGGUGAGGCACUGGAACAGGUUGCCCAGGGAGGUGGGAGAAGCCCCAGCUCUGGAAUUUCUGAAGGCCAGGCUGGAUUGUAGCUCUGAGCAACCUGAUCGAGUGUGAGGUAUCCCUGCCCAUGGCAGGGGGGUUGGAACUGGCUGAUCCUUGAGGUCCCUUCCAACCCUAAGAAUUCUAUGAUUCUAUGAUCUCUAAGAUGUUUCAUUAGUCUUUUCAUUUUGUAUUCCACAUGAGUGACUUUCCAGUAGAUAGAAAUAAAUGCUCAAGUAUCCUGUAAAUACUUUUAUAAAUGAACCAUGUGCCUUUGUUCCUCCUGUCCUCUAUUUGACCUUUUUAAUUCUGUCUACUAAGAACUGACAAGCAUCUAGGUUUCAGUGGUAUUGUGUAUUUCAAAGCAAUAAGCAGGAUCUGUGUUCCAGCAGAGUUACCAAAUAUAUGAAAAAGUUGUGAGCUAAUGUGGUAUCAAAUCUGACUUUCCCAAAGAUAAUGGUUGGAUUGAAAGCAUCUUCAUGACUGCAUCCAGCUUCCCGUGUGAUUGCCAGGAUGCUUUAAAAUGCUCCUGGGUGCUGAACUUCCUUUACUUCUGGCGUGUCUCAAUUCAGCAGCAUAUAGAACACUUAACCCUUGAGGCUGCUUUCUGUUUUUCAGCUAUGUGUGUUUCAAACUGGCAUACUUUGCUCAAAGGAGUGAAUUGGUUCUCCUUAAACCUGGUCUGAAUCUGAGAAUGCUGUGGAGUCUGUGCAAAAUGUGGUAAUCUGAGGGAAUUUUCCAAGUGGGUCACUAGCAAGAGUCUAAACAUGGGGAAGAAGGUUUCUCAUGAAUGGUAUUUCUAGAUCAAUGAGGUUUUCUAGUCUGUUCUCACACUGACAUAUUAACUGGUUUUCAUGCAGAGGAUGUACAGCUUCAAAAUGUCAAGCAAGGCAAAGUGUGAAAAUGUGUUUUCACUGUUACACCUCAUGUUUCAAAGCAGAGGGAAUAAUAAGGCUUGAAGUGAGCACCAGGUG